AUGAGGACCACCGAUGAGCCGGAGGGCUUUGACGGCGAGGCCUCCAACACUUCCAUGAUCUCCGGGGCCAGCAGCCCCUACCAACCCACCACGGAGCCCGUCCACGCGAGAAACGUUUUGGGGGGGAUAAGGUGCGACAUGGAGUACCUCAAGUCCUACUUUGGAAUAUUAAAGGUGGUUGAAGUGGUAAGUUUGAACACGAGCAUGUGUAGCAUCUUAAAGUGCGUAAAAAUAACUCUGAGACUCUAUAGUUACUCCGUUUAAGAGCCUAAAUGACAUUUUAGUCUCCUGAAAGUUGUGUACUACUCUGAUCAUUAACGCCCCAGUUGUUACCUCUGUCCCCGGGGUGGUUAAAUGUGAACGAUACAAACAGACACGACUGUACAAGUCCUGGUUUACCCUGCCCUACAUCCCCAAGAGUGGUCAGUCAGGUUUCAGGGAGGAUUAUCCCUACAUGUGAAACUACCCAAGUGAGGCUGCUUUGCCUUCCCGUUAACAGAUAAUAACACAGUCUUUUCAUACAGUCAUACAUGAUUCAACAUUGAUCAGUUUGGUGUUAUACAAUGCUUAUAUAAUGAACAUUUAUUUGAUUAUUUUUCUCUCUCUUAGUUUUUAUUUUUAAGGCACUCAGUUGAAUCACUUGGUUAUAUUUGUGUACUGAUUAAGCACCUGUAUCACUCCCAGAGAAACUAAUUGUCUUUAUUUAUUACUAAGAGUUUAGUAGUGAGUGGAAAGACUCACAUUCUCUCUAACCAGUGCACCUAAACCAGAUGUCUAAGCUGAGACACAGGCAUCAACAAAGUAAGACGAGGGCUCCCAAAGCACUGACAAUCCACCAGAGGAGGAAAUAUCUAUCGAGCCAGAGCCAUUUCUCUUCUUCUGGUGCCAAAAAAUGCAGACACAGGCCUGCGAGUGCACUCGCACACAUAAAUGAAGUAGUGUAUCCUCAGCAGCAGAGCAAACCGAAGAGUUCAGGAAAGUAGUAAUUACCUCUAACAAUGUUUGUAGAUGGCAAAAGCAACCUCGAGUCCAAACUGUUGGGAGAUAAAACUGCACGGCCCGGGGUUUUCUGCUUCAAUUAUGAGACGAAAAUGGUGGAAAAAAACGGUGUUUGAGACUUAAGUGGGAGUUUGUGUGUCUCAUCACUGGUCUCAAAGAGGAGUCGGUCUGUGCAGUUGCACACACCUGUAAUGUUUACCUCUGUGGGAAGUCAAGAUAAGACUCCAUCUGUCAUCAGCGUGGGAGAGAUUUGAAUCAGACAGUAACUAAGAGGAACACUCACAGACACAACCACCUAUGUAGAAUAAAGAUAAGAUAAAGUCUCUUACUCAGCAGCUCAAAAACAAUCUUACUUUCUUAUAUUUUUGAUAUUUUAUUGGCUUCAGAGGCUCCACACCAGAUAAAGAAGUGCACAACAACACAAAUCAUAUUCUAAUUUUCAUUUGUUCCAGUAAAAGAUGCCAAGCUUCAUUAUUUGAAUGGAUUGUCCACUACUUAAAUAUUAUGAUUUAAAUACCUAACAAGGAAUCCUCUCCAGUGUGUGCUAUAGCACCAUAAUGAUAGACCCUCAACUACAGUACAGUUAAAAGUUUUGACACUCCAGGUGAAACAAUACUGACAUAUUCAGCAUAGAUCCUCAGUCAUUAUUUAAAAACAAUCUUAAGUAUUUCAUGAAUGGACACCACAGAUCACACUCUAAUGAGACAUUUGCUGCCAGCUUUUGGUUUUUGUUCAAAAAAUAAGUUUAACUAUCAGCUGGGCUACUGGCAGCAAAGGCAUCUUUACCUAUUUAUUGUAAAGAUGUGUAAACGCCCGCUGUAAUAAGAUAAAAAUAGACUAACAAAUAUGCCAAGAGUGUUUGUUGCAUAAUGAUGAAUACUAGAGCAAAUCCAAGUUCCAACAUAUUUUCCAGCUAUAACAGGUAUGAUAUCAAAACCGUAUCAUACAGCUUCGAUAAAAGUAUAUCAUCAUCAUCAGUAUCUUAUUAUUACCUGUCUCCUGUUUUUAAUUUAUAUUUACUUGGCUGGCUCGUUCAGCUUUGAUACCAACUUUGCUGUCUGAGAUAAUCACAUCUCCUUCACGGACGAGGGCAGCGUCAUUGAAAGCCAUCCAAGUUUACAUUUAGUAUCUCAGAGGAGGCCUAACAAGACUCACUGCCAAACAUUAAUGGCUUCACUGGCUCGCUCUUUUACUGCUCUGUCCUCUAAUUGUUAAACUGUGCUAACCGAGGCUGUGGGAUGUUCUUGUAUAAUUGAUCAAUAGCAAAGCUGACUCCACAAAUCCCUAAUGGGUCACAGUUUCUGCUUAAUAUUUAAGCACUCCUGUUACAAAGAGAUGCUGCAGUGUCUGUUAAUUUUCUUAACCGCUAAUGGACAUUGGUUCUGUGGCGGGAAGGGCAUCAAUCGUGUUGUUAAUCGUUAUCUAUCUAGAGGGAAAUAAUUGGCUGCAAUGAAGAAUAGAUGAGCGCAGAACAGAAAUUCAAGCAAUUUUUUCACCUGGAGAAACGAGGAUUGCGGCGUCAAUAAAUAGCUGGUGAAUAUAUAUUUGUGACUAAGUCGGUUAUGCAACUUUUCAACCCAAAAGUGAGUCUCCUUAUUGCUUGCUCCUCCUCCUCUGGAAACUGCUCACUUCCUUUUGACUUUGCCAAGGAAAUGUUUAUUGUAUUACUUCCACACCCAAGCCUUGUUUGUACAAACGUAGAAGUUACAAACCAGGCCUCGUAUGUUUGCACUGACCCUGAUCUGUUCCCCUUCUCAGACACAUAAUCAGAAGUACUAAUGAAUUGGAUCUUUGGCUUCUCACUUUAUCGCUGAAAUACAUUUUUAUAGGCCUGGUGAGAGAUCAUUUAUGUGUUAAUUUGUGAUUGAAUGGACACAAAGGCUCCUCCAGAUCCUGUAUUGAUCAGAAACAAACCCUGCAGUCUGGCUGAAACCUGAUCAAGGUGUGUCCCUCCUAACAACAGGUUUGUCUUUGUCCCUCUGCUGUGACGGGUCAACAAAGGCCAGGGGGUAUUUAACAUGUCACCCUCCCGUAUGAUGGAAAUUUGAUACCGUUUAGGUCCUAACAGACCUCAUGAGAGUGUUUCUUGAUGUACUGGUCUACCAAGCGGAGGCUAAAUAUUGUUUGAGGGUGAGUUUGUGGAUGUCGUGUGAUGAAGUUACCAGAUGCUACAAAAUGUCAGUGCGAAUUUCCUGCCAUGAGCGUCAUUUUCUUUCCUGGUUGAAACAUUAUCUAUUCUUAGCUUGGUGCAUUUAUGUAGGGACACAGAGGCUUCUACCUACACACAUUUGCUAUUGCCUUUUGGAUAAAAUAUUUGACAUAUCAGGCAAGAUUUGCAUUCAAUAUAUUAUAAGUUAUUUUCCGUGCAUAAAGUUCCAUUGCAGUGUGAAUGCAGCUUGUAUUAUGUUGCAGCAGUGUGGCUUCUCUUCUCCUUCAUUAAUUUUCUCUGCACAACAGAUGGUGUAUAAGAAGGGGAUCCAAGUCCAAGAGGUCUUAAAAGGCGACUUUUAAAGCAUAUAAUCCCAAAGACAAAGUUGUGCAUGCAUGCAUACGGAGAGGAAGGAGGAAAGAAUCAAUGUGCGCUUCCAUGUGCACCAUGAACAGGCUGCAGUGUGGUUUAGAUUGACAUAAAAUCAUUACUUGCACGAUUAUCCAGUGUGGUAUUUUGUGAUCCCUCCACCUGCCUCCUCCCCUGUGGCUGCCUGCUACACAAUAUGCUUUCUACAAGAGACAUGACAUCAUCUCUCAGCCCAAGCAGCCCUCCACUCAUGUUUGGGUGUAACCUUUUGAUUGUGUUACAGUCACAGAUGGACUGCUAUUCAGCUAAUGAGGCUUUAGCAGCUGUACAGGAUAAAAACCUUGUCUCAUUUAUAGCUUGACAGGUUGCCUUUGCUUAUCUUUGCUUUCUUUGCAUCUUGUGAAAUUUUUGUGUUUGUGCAUAAAAGACCCGGGAAUAUUAGUUGAAUAAUGUCACACACACACACAAGAAGGAAACUACUGUUUACUUGCAGUUAUUACAUAACAAUAUUAGUCUGAAAAUUACUUCCAAAUCUUCAACUUCUGAUCUGCAAGUGAAGAAAAGGAGAGCUCUCAAACUAAUGAGACUAUUUGCAUUGGGUUUCAGAAUCAAUCCAAAGUUAGACCCUUGAAACUAUUUUACAUUUUAACAUGUCCGACUGUAGUCAGAGUGGCUCCUUCAUAAGUAUGGUUCAGAGUCUUGAAAUAUCCAGUUCCUACAAAAAUAAGAGAUUUUCUUUGCCAAAAGAAAAAAUGAUGACCGAUGACUCAUCUCUGCAGCACAGUAGGUGUAGUUCAGCUACUUGCUGGAAUAAAAUAAUUCAAAUAUGUCAACAAACCGGAUCAAAUUUGGUUGAGGGAGAGUAUUUGUUCAAUUCACAUCUGUUUUUUAGGUACUUAUUGUUCAGAAAUCUACACUAAUAUAUAGUCUCUUUGUCUCAUAUCAACUGUGGUUCUCUUUCUUCUUGUAUCGUAAACAUUUGCUCUUCCCUGUUUUCAUGUCAGCUUCCCUGACUCACAAAGCAGUCAUGUGAUCGUCUCUUUAAUGACCUUCCUUCUCUCUCUGCAAAACAAAAUUCUUUUGAUAAUCUGAUCACAUCUUUGAACUUAUUGCAGCAUAACUGCCUUGACUUUUUGACCUGGAUGUCACAGAGGAGGGUGAUUUCAAAGAGAGAGGCGCCCUCGUUUAACAAUGACUUUUGAGUUUUAGGGCAGACUUGCUGUGAGCGUGAUUGCUUAUCCAAGUACUCAGUUGCCCUCUUGUUAGCAGUUCAUGAAAUUAUAACCCCGUUCAGUAGCUGUAGGUUCCUAUUCAUUCAAAUUCAAAUAUUAAGAUAAAUAUUAUUCAAAGAAAAUCCUCUAAAACCUGAUUAGACUUACCAAGAAGCAUAUGAACUCAUGAAAACAUGGCUGUAAAUGCACACCUUUUUAUUGCUUCAAUAUCACUUGUGGCAGUUUCUGAAUUAUCUGUUACACUUUUACCCUGCAUGACAUUUUGGAAACCAUCAGUUACAAUCUGACAGUCUGGCACAUAGAUAUAAUAUACGUAGACACCUCAUUCUGGAGCGUAAUCCAGCAUCGCCGCCAUAUUGGAUGGGUCUUAUCCCACCAGGCUUGCACCAGAGCCAACAGGAGUCAAUGGAGAACAAGCACUUUGCCCGUAUUCUGUGCAACCUACCGUUGCAAAAUCUGACGCAGUAUUGAAACCAGAUCACUAACCUUAUACAAGUAAAAACUAAAAAUAUGUUUUUGUAUUAUUAAUGUCUGACAGCGUCCUUUAUCAUAACAACACCCCUGCCGUUUGUUAAAAACCAAAGCGUGUAAAAAUUGGGUAAAUAUUCAGGGAGUUUUGAUAAAAGUACUUAGGCAUACCUACCUUCCCCAUUAGAAAUAAAUGCACUUUGGGGACCUAUCCAAUAUGGCGGCCAAUGAUAACUCAGUUUGAAUAGGCACAUCAGUCUAUAAGGCAUCUAUGUAUAUUAUGCCUAUGGUCUGGUCUGCAUGAGGGUUCUUCAGACAUAGCAAGAAGCGAUUAUACAGCAUCUUGGGCUCUGUUUAGAGUCCAAGCGUCACCUUGAGUUUAGAAAAUUCUGUGUGGGUGGAGGAACAACUUCUAUAAGUAGUCAUUAGCUUAAAAUAGUUUGUUGAAUUAUCUUCUGAUGACAGCAUCCUCCUCCUUUUUUCAGCUAACAUCUAUUUAGACUGCUAACAUAAGGCCUUGGACAUUUAAGAUCUUGUUUUCCUCUCAGUUAUGCAACCAAAUGUACAUUUAUGUUCAUAGAAAUUCGUCUGCACAUUGCGACACGAACACAGAUGUCAUGCAUUUCCUGGAACUUUUUUACAAUCAAAGCAUGUGGAGCACAUAAACGGUCAAACAACAUCCUGUGUAAACUUUGACCCGUUGAUGCCCUGUAGUUUGCACCAACAAUAUUACCAUGCAGUAUCUCAUUUAAUGUUGAGUUUUUUUAACCCUAUAAAGAAACAGAUAAAAAAAAAACAACCACUGAUCCAGGAGUAAGUGCACAAUAAGUCAAAUUAAGAUUAAAAGAUUAGCGAUUUAGGCUUCAGGUGGUUUAGCAAUGAGGAAAACUUUGUCAUGUCUUUUUUUUUCUUCUACAGUUUGAGAUCUGAUCAUCUCCCAGUCAGAUCUGGUCUAAACUGGUUUGAAAUCAUCUGCCUCAGGUCUGAAUGUGUUGCAGUGGCAUUCUCAUGGUUCUGUUUUGUCUCCGGGACUUGGACUGCUAUGAACCAAUCGGUAAUCUGUGUGUGGUUUUGUUGGGGUCUGCAUGGCAGGAGAACACCUAAAUAGCAGGAUUCCUCCCAUACUGUGGUUUGUUGAUGGACGUUGGCUGGAGUGAGGCGUCUUUAUAGGCUGCCAGGAGUGAGACUCUCGAGAGGCUAAUGGCGUCUGGUCUAUUCAUAGGACAAUCACUUCAUCAUCUGGAGAGAUCUGGAAUUUUAGCAUCAACAAAGACUCACAUUAAGUUGAAAAAUUAGUGGACUUUUAUUCAAAAAUUAGUUUAGCAGCCCAGAAUAUGACUUUUUUUGAGGUUGACUGGCUGAAAAUUUAGAUCUGCUUGGAGGUUUAUACAAACUUGAGUCAUGCAUAUCAAGUUUGACAACCCGGGAAAUCAUUGUUCAACAGUUUGACUCAUAUCACAGCUGAAUCACACAUUCCUGCUCUGCUAAACAUGUACCUGCCCUUCCCUUUCUCCUUUGGACUCUCUUUUUUAGGUCCUUUCACUCAUUGGAUUCAUCUGCAUAGAGACUAUCAUGAUGUGCUCUCCCUGUGGAGGGGUCUACUUCUUUGAGUUUGUCAGCUGCAGUGCCUUUGUGGUGACAGGAGUCCUCCUACUCAUCUUCAGCCUCAACCUGCACACCAAGGUGCCCCACAUCAACUGGAGCCUAACGGUGAGUACAGGGAAACAGAAAAUCUUUUUCAUUUUGCUUCAUUUGCAAAUAUUGCGUGUGGUGACACAAGCCAACUAAUCGAAAAGACAGUGAUGUGAUGAUCCCCAAAUAUGAAACCAAUAUAUUCGGAGCUCCCCCUGGUGGCAGGUUACAGCAAUAGAUCACAAAGCUCACCUCAUUCGAAAGAUGAGAUGUGGGUCCAAGAACAAAACAAUGACAUCUUUCUUAGACUUUUAUUUUUUUUGUGCUUUUAUGCCUUCUUUAUUUGAGGCUGUGUUUAGAGGUAAGACGGUGGAUCGGGGGAAUGACAUGUGCUGCCUGUGUUGAAGUCUGUAGUUUUUGUACAUGGGGGCAUGCGGUUUAACUGCUAGUCUACGCUGAUACCUCAAGAAGUUUGCUUAUAUGUUAUUACCUGAUACUUUAAAAGGGGGUCUACAGCUCGACAAACCCACUGAGCCUUUUUAGGUCUAAAAGAGGUCUAAUAGAUGUCUAAAUGUAGCUUAGAAGACUGGUCUAAAAUCAGGCUACCACAGGUCUAAAAAUGAAAGUUUUGUAGGCGUCUAAAUUUAGACCAAGUUUAGACUAAAUCUAAAUCUAGGCUAUAUCUAUACUACACUGUAUAUUGCUUAACGGCUAUCAUAGUUUUUUUGGUUAACUACUUGGAGAUCAGUUAUACAACUCACAGUUGCUUUUUGAAAUAAACAGUUAUUGAAUAAUAAGUUAAAGUGCAACGUCUAAAUUCCGUUGAAAAAUGGUUGAAAUUAGGUCUAAAAAAAAAACUAGACGUCUAAUAGCCGUCUAUUGCUCAGUGGGAAGUCACUCCUGCAGCAUUCUGCGCUGGUCCACUGUUUAUAAGAGAAACUAAAUUUACUCUAACACUACAGUCAUUCAAUUGUGCAUAAGUGAGUAACCAACACAGAGAGUUUUUUGCUUUGGUUGUGCCAACUUGUGCUUUUGUUUAAUCCUGAAGUGAAAUCUUUCUGUCGGUAAGUGGGAGGAGCAAAACUGCGGUUACACCAGCUGAUGUCUGACUCUGUCUCUGAGUGGCGUCACCAGUGAAGGACGUCAUGGCCUGUUCUAAAUUGUCAGGAAUGUUAAGUGUGGAUUACUGGACCACCUGUGUAUGUAGAACUGCACAUAACACAUCAGUGAGAUGGACUGCGGUCGCUGUUUUGUAAUGACAUUGGUUUUGGUUUUUACCUCAGCACUUUGGUGGUGCUGGGUUUUAAUGAAAAAACUGCUGAAAAUGAGGUGAUUAGCUUUCAGAUUUUAACAAAGAGUCUAGCUGACAUUAUUACCUUGACAAGAAAAUCUAACAACAUGCUUCACCCGACAAUAGCAGGGGUCCAGGAAAGAUUGCUGUGGUUUCAAAGCUUAAGGUUGUUCUGACUUUCCUGAAGUGAGCCAUAAUAAUUUGGCUUGUUUGUACACAUUUUAACUACGCUAGCCACAAAAGUCACUCAGUCACUUUUUUAUGCCAACCAAUUGAAUAUGUGGAUAACAUCAUGCUAAAUAAUGUUGAUGACUAUGGCUUGACUUACUGGAACCAGUGUUUAGCUUAAAGCAACACUGAGCCUCUGCUAGCUUUGAACCUGACUGUGGAAAUUAAAGGUUGAACAGACAGAGGUGUUUGGUUGUAACUAGGGGUGUCCCAAUGCAACAUUUUUACUUCUGUUAUGAUACCAAUAUUGUAGCCUUCAAAAUUGGCCAAUACUGAUAUUGAUCCGAUAUUGACACAAAAUUGUGCAUGACAAGUUUUGCACUCAGCUGCAAUGUCUUUUUCAGACCUAGACAAAAAAUACUGCCACAAGGCCGACAUCACUCCUACUCUUUGCUACUUUGUUUGUACCUUUGUACACACUGUUGUUGUGACUACGUGGACUCUACAUGCUGGAUCAGGGUGCUUCUAGAUAGAGGUGCUGGAGCGGAGUCUGGAAUGGACUGCUUGUAUCUGAGUGCUGAUAUCGGAGAUUUUAGAUUCAGGCCAAUAUAACCCGAUAUACUAAUUUUUGCUGAUAUUGGAUCGAUAUCAAUAUCGUAUCAGGACACCCCUAGUUGUUACAUGAAUUUUAGCUACAUUCGCUUUUUUUUUUUUUCAGAAGUCAUGAUCAAAAUCUGACGUCUCUUCACUUAUUAAUAUCACGUUGAUAUUUAACUAUGAACCUAGUUUUGUAUAUCAGAGCUAAUGCUUAUCUCUUGAUGGUUAAAGAAGGGUUUGAGUGCCAAGUUCUUCUAUUGCAGCCUUAUUUUAUUUUUUUUUUCCCCAAUGGUAAGGCUUGACAUGAGUCCUUUAAAGUAAAACUCUCGAGCUUGGGUCUGGAACUGGUUGGGAGGCCAUGCUGUUUCACUGCUACCAUCAGGAUGUGCACUGUCAGCUGUAAGCAAAUGAGCCGGUGGGUGUUCUCCAUGCCUUUCAGUGUUUGCCUACACAUACAUAUGCUGGCGUUCUAAGCUGCAGCCAAGUAUCAUUUACAGAGAGGGGAGUGGAAAAAAAAUCAUCUUCGACUGUAUUUCCAGAGACCACACAGCAUACACAUCGUAGUAAAGCAGCGCACGUCAAGCCAGAUGUACAAAUCCAACCAUAGCUAUCAGGUUGCUUCAUGGUAUCCUUGGUACAAUAUUCCACCUCAAACAUGAGGGGAGGGAGCGCCUUUGGUUUCUACUUUUGGACACCAAAUGAAAGCUUUUACCAGUCUGAAAGGAAAGGAUGUUGUAUAAUCUAAAACCCUCCUGUUCAAUCUUUUUCACAGACAUACUACUCCUAUUCUCCUGAGGCUCUCCGGCCUCCUCUUGUCAGCUCAGAGUGAUGAAUUAUUUUUCCAUCUCCAUGAUCAGUUGUGAAGAAACUCGUCAUUAGCAUGUACUGUGCUCUUUGUGUGUUCAUAUAAGAAAACAUGCGAUAAAGUGAGUUUGGCUGCGGGUUGCCAUUAGACUCACAGAAAAGUUUUUCGACAUCGUAUUCAAGCUGUGGUGGGCUGAGGUUUGGCUCGCUGGUGUUGUUGGAAACAAGCAGUAAGAGCCAAAGAUUUGAGCGGUUCAUAUUUUAUUUGAAGAAAUAUGUAUGUUUGCAGACUUUAACUUUUGUGUUUAUGCCACAAAACCCUCUGUAGUUCACUCUGGUUUGUAAGCUGCAUCAACAAAAUACUUCAAGUACAGUACAUGUUGCUUUCCAGAUUUCACAGUCUCCCUGCCCUCACUUUAAACUCGCUAAAAAAGUCCCAUGAUGCUUAGUUCCCCUCAACUGUUAAAGACUGCGCCCCAUGCUGUUCACGUCUAUCAAGUUCAAAAGCCCCAGCCACAUUGAGCCCCUGGGAAUCUCGCCAUGAGUAAGCAUUUCAGAGAGCUAACCAACUGUUAACCCCUCUGAUGCCUUCUCUGCGUCCAGUCCUUCAAAGUAAAUCAGCCAGUCCUCCUCUGUGGAGCGCGCUGUUUAAUAAUGCGGUUGAGAGUCUCAGAAGGAGGGUUCUGAUCGCACAAUUAUGUGCUAUGUGAUCCCAUCUCCUCCAACUCACCCUGCGAGAUGACUUUGGCAGUACAGAGGGGGGAAACACAGGCCCUGACUCCCACCUCCCCUCCUUUAGCACAGGAAUAAAUACAGUCCUGGGACCUUGUUUGAAGCCCAUUUUGUGACUUUUAGCUUUCCAGUUGAACUUCACGUUUCAGUCUGCCUGAAUGAGUUUGUAUUACACUGUAGGCUAGAGAGAAAGCCUGAGAAUUCAAUGUAUUGUUCUCACAGCCAAUCACUGGCGGGCAUGCUGAGAGGGCUCUGGCACAGGAGUGGGGUGACCCUGGGGACACAAACGGCCCAAAGAGGAACGGGAGAAAGAAGACAGAGGGACAUAUUUGUGUUGCUAUUCUCCUUCUAAAUAGAGAAAAACAGUUUGGGUACCACGCCAAGGUGCCGAGUACAGUCUGAUUGUUUUAGUUCUGGACACAGAGAGUAUCUCAUCCCAGUUCAUGCAUGAAUAGACUCUGAUUCAGAGGAGAGACCAGUGGAGGCUGCUGAUCAGAUCUGUUGCAUCCUUACACGGCAGGCAAGUCAUGCAACUCUAAAAUGAGUGUCUCUUUCUCAGAUAUAGCUGUGCUGAUGUAGGUUAUUUAAAACUGGAUUAUUUUAAUUUUUCUCUUCAAUCAUUGCAGCUACAACGAAUCAUUUUUGUUUAGAAAAAAACGUUCUUUUAGAUAGAUUUAGGUAAGAGGUUGCUAAAAACAAAAAUGUAUUCUUCAAGUGUCAAACUAGACUGUUACGAAGCAUGUUCAAGUGUGGGAAUAAUGAACUUUUGGGACAGCAAAUGCCAGCUGUGGUUAUUUUAUCAGAUAGAUUUUGUACUGAAAACCCACAGCUGAAGUCUGUGACGUACCAAAUAUGGUGCAUUACUGAUAUCUCAUAGAAGUAAAUGAUCCAGUGCUGCAGGGAAGUCAACGUUCUCACUGCUUAACAUGAGUGAUAAAUGUAUCUACAGUUGUGCUCAAAAGUUUACAUACCCCGGCACAAUUUUUGCUUUCUUGGCCUUUUACCAGAAAAUAUGAAUGAUAACACAAAAGCUCUUUUUCCGCUUACGGUCAGUGGUUGGGUGAAACCAUUUAUCGAUAAACAACCGUGUUUUCUAUUUUUAAAUCAUUACGACAACAAAAGACACCCAAAUGACCCUGAUCAAAACUUUACAUACCCCAGUUCUUAAUACCGUGUAUUGCCCCGUCUAACAUCAAUGACAACUUGAAGUCUUUUGUGGUAGUUGUGGAUGAGGCUUUUCAUUUUCUCAGAUGGUAAAGCUACCCACUCUUCUUGGCAAAAAGCUUCCAGUUCCUGUAAAUUCCUGGGCUGUCCUGCAUGAACUGCACACUUCAGAUCUCCCCAGAGUAGCUCAAUGAUAUUGAGAUCAGGAGACUGAAAUGGCCACUCCAGAACCUUCACUCUGUUCUGCUUUAACCAAUGACAGGUCGACUUUGCAUUGUGUUUUGGAUCACUGUCAUGUCGGAAUGUCAAAGUACGUCCCAUGCGCAGCUUCCGGGCUGAUGAGUGCAAAUUUUCCUCCAGUAUUUGCAGUAAAGCACAGUCGUUUUACAAUAAAUGGUUUCACCCAACCACUAAGUAUGAGUGGAAAAAAGAUUUUGUGUUACCAGUCAUAUUCUCUGAAAAAUGGUCAAAUAACCAUAGGUUCUGCCAAGGGUAUGUAAACUUAUGAGCACAACUGUAUAUUUGGUAAAGAGUGAAAAAUAGAUGAGCAUAUAUUAUGUGUAGAAAUCCUUAUUGUACUGCUUAAUAACACUCGCUGUUUUGAUGUGUAAGGAUAAGUGGCAUUCAUCCAACACUGUUAAUCUCAUUUACUAGUUUAACUCCCCUGUAAGUGCUUUGUUAUUGGUUUAAAUGGCGUUUUUAGCAGGUGAAUCCAUCACUAAUUAAGUCUGAGAACGCAGCUCAUUGAUGAAUGAUGAGAUAGUUAUAACUGUGUUUAUAAAUUACAUACAAAUGGGUGAUAAAUGCCUUAUAAAUAAUGAAUAAAGUCAUGCUAAGGUAAUUCCUUACUUAGUUUACCAAUGGGUAAUUGGUAAAAAGUGUUGUUAUAUUUCUGCUCUUUUACUAGCAUGUCUGAGUUUGGCUCAAAAGUCUCUCUGAUUUGAGGCCACUAGUAGACUGUGAUUUCUCGGCAAAUAUAGCUGUCAACAUGUUUUUCUAGAAGCACUACGUUCUCUACUGUAACUGUAAGUAUAAUGGAUAAUACUGCAAACCCAGGAUGAAGUUUUCUGAGUAGUUUAAAAAUGUAUGAUGACCAGCAGGGUACAUGAGUGUCAAUCCAUCUUUUUAUCCCAGCUUGCUUUUAAUGAUCUAUAUCUCUGCGCCGAAUCCACACACCCACACACAGAGAGAGAGAGAGAGAGACAGGGUUCGUGGUUAUUAUUAGCUCUGGCCAUUAAUCUAUCAUCAGGUCAGACCAGAGACCAUUUUGCCUGUGUUUUAUUUACUUUACCUUCGAGUGGAAUCCAAUGAAAGCUUUCCAGGUUUGGACAGCUGAAGUUUACCGCCCAAGCAGACAAAAGACACUGAAAGCUUCCUGGUAUCUUUAUUUGUCUUCCAGGAAGAACCAUGCAUGGAUGUGAAUGCUGAAGAGAGGUUUAAUUCUUGCAUGAGGCUUUCUGGUCCUGAGUGACUCACUGCUGAUGUCAAGGGAAUUCAUUUUAUAAUCAGAGGCCUGCUUCAUCCUCCAAGGUUUCCAUAGUUGCAGUCUAAAGAGUACCUUUAGUUUCAGUCUUUGCAGCAUGAGAGAAACAUAGUUUACAUAUAAAACAUGCAACUCUGUGUGCUUUUUGUACUUCCUCUUUUGCAUCCAAAUACAACUGCAAGGUGCAAAUAUAUGGUAAUCAUCCCCAAAAUAGAAUUAACAGACGGCUCUAGAUCUAUUUAUGUAUUUGUAUGUGAAUAUUUUCAAUGUUGUGUUUGCUUGCACUCUUGUUACAUGAAUUUCAACUGUUGGCACCAUUUUUCCUGUCAUAGGAAUCUUUACCUAUGAAAUCGUUUUAGUUCCUUUACUCUAAACAAACAUCUUUCACAGUCUGCAAUCCACAAUGUGAAGCAACAUCUGCAAUAAAACAUCAACAUGUUGCUGAAAUUCCCCAGAGCGGUCCAACUAAAUGCUGAAUCUACAGGCCAUCUUUGGUGUUUUUUGUGGCCUCUGGAGGGUCUUCCUUUUAGCUGGAGGGAGAGGAUGAGGGGAGCUGCUAUCAUUUUUGUUACAGUCCACAGUCUUGCAGCUUCACACUUUCUUCUCCUUUAAAGGAUUUGGUUCAUUAUAAAAAGGAAUAUAACAGCCAAGAUUUUAAAAUGUAACUAAUCCAUGGAUUUUGCUCAUUGCUCUUUGCCUCAGCAUAUAAAGUAGAGGCUGUAAAACAAUGAUGGGAGCCAAUAAUAGAGCCAGUGGUUUGGUCCAGUCUGCGCUUGGUUAUUUAAGGUUUUACGGAGUGCUGGCCUGGUUGAAGCGUGGAAUGUGGAAGAGAGAGUGAAACACGGGGACUGAACUAACUGGAUGUUGAGGGAAUGUGGACUCGGAAAGAGGUAGAGAAGCUUUCCUGCACAUGAGAACAGGACACUGGUACACGACUAUGCGAAGUGUCCUGUUGAACCAGUUGGGUGAGAUUGAGGGGAGCGUGAGUUCAGCAUUGUUAACGGAAGUGUUUGCAGAGGGGAGGUCAUGAUUCAGUUUGAGUUUAAGGACUUUAAUACUGAUGUAUAUUAACUGGCACAGUUAGCAUGAGGUGUUUUGGUUUGGUUUGCUGCUGAUUGAGCCACAGAUCAGUGCAAUAAGAGUUACAGCCUUUAGACUCUGACUAUCUAAAUCAUUCGCUCCUUUUUGUUGUGAGUACUAGUGUGUGUGUGUGUGUGUAUCUGUGCUUGUGACAUACCCAUUGUAUGAGCAUCGUGUAUCAUAUGAGAGACCAUGUCCACGAUGAUCACAAUCAUGCAUCUGAUCACGAGGGCCAGGUCAAGUUGAGAGCACUUCAUUAUUAACCCUUCACUAACUGCUGCAGAGUAAAACCUCAAAGGGGGUAGGCCUCUCUCUGUCUCCUCCUCCUGUGUAAAAAAAGAGGGGGAUGCACUGAGUUAAUGUAUUAAUGCAUUUUAAGUUUCUGCAUUUGGCCUCUUUGCCCUUCUGUAGGUAUUAAACUCUCAUUGAAACACCAGGAUGCAGUCUGGCUGUGUAAAUAAGUGUGUGAGAACAUUUUUGUUUGGUUAACAUGAUGGCACAACUGCAUGUUGGCAGGGCUGGGCGAUAAAACAAUAACGAUAUAUAUCGAAAACAUUUCCCUCAAUAUCAAAACAAAACAUAGUCAAUAUUUUUUUUGAUAGCCAGCAUUGUGCCAUGUUUAUGUAGACUAUACAAAUAGCCAAUGAAAAGGGGAGUUGCUCCAGGUCCGCUUUGUGCUGAACCAAUCAUGUGCUGAAUUGGAACCAAGUAGCAAACAACUGUGCAGUAGCAGGCUGCAGCUACACGCAACCAUAGCACUUUAACACGUGAAGCUGACAGCACUGUUGUUUGUGAAAAAAAGAAAAUGAGUGCUACCCCCGACAGAAAUGCAGAUUAAGGCUCAACAGAUGAUGACAACGUCGACAACACUGGCACAAAAACUUCAGUGGUGUGGAGGUAUUUUGGUAUUUUGAGGUCGCACAUGAAGCAAAGUACAUGUUCUCAUAAAGUUUGGGAAUACCUCAAAUCUUUCUCACCACCUGAAGCAGUGCCAUGCGGCAGAACACACACAAUGCAAAAGGUUACAAACCCCAAGCGGUAUCAGUGUCAGCAUUGAUAUAACAACAGGGUUUCUUCUCAUGCCUUUGCAUUUUUUUUAGAUAAUGAAAAUCAAGCUUGCUCGCUUUUGGUGGUUGUUAUGGCUACAGAACAAAACCAGCCAAAAAUGAUAUAACACUAUUGAAUAUCUAAUGUUAUCGUAUAUGUUUUUGUGUCUCCCUGCAGGACCUGGUCAACACGGCUGCUAGCACCUUCUUCUUCUUCUUGUCCUCCCUGGUGCUCUCCUGCAUCAACCACAACACUGGAGCUGAAAUAGCAGCAGUGGUGGGUAGUCAUAACAGUUCUCACAAUAUAACAUAUACAGACAUGAAAGCUGCCAGGCUUUUACAAAUCUCCUCUUCUAAUGCAUUUUUUUUUCUAAAUCAACAGUUCAACAGCGCAUGCACAUACAAAAGUGCACUUAUUUGUUCCUGUUUAAUCUCAGUCAUUGUUUCUCUGCUUCCUGUUUCUACUUGUAUGCAGAUCUUUGGCUUCCUGGUGACAGGUGUGUACGGGAUUAACACCUUCCUGGCGGUGCGGAGGUGGCGUCUUGGCAAUGGUUGUCAGGGUGCAGCUCAGACUAGCGAGUACAUUCGAGCACGCACCGCCUCUCGUGGAGAGAUGGAGGCGAGGCCUGAGCUUGCAUAA